UGCUUGCACCAGGAGUCAGCCCACACACAGAGCCCGUUCCAGGAACAUGCCUGGCCUCGGCACAAGCUGCAGAGAAGACUGACACCAUCUCACUAAUGCCCCCCCUCUCAUUUUCCCUCUCUCUUUGCCUGUAGUUAUUUUUAGAUUUCACGGUUAAAGCUUGUCCCUUCUGGACACUUACACACACAGGACAGCACACAUACACGCCGUAGAUACAACUCAGAUACGGGAGUGAGCCAACUGAUCAUCUUGUCCCACAUCAAGCAACAAAUUCCAAUUUCUGAUGACAAAAUAUCGUCCUUUAGGAGGAUGCAAAGCCACAUGGAAUUUUCUGGCUCGCAAAUUUGACUAGGAGGCUUUCAACGGACAGAGAAGACGGUUUGCACAGCAACUUCCUCUUUUCUGAAAUUUCCUUCCAUUUUGCAAGAUCCUGCUGUCUUCCAGCAUUUGCUUGCCUGACUCCCAUGCCGACCGCCAUAAAUGCAGUGGUGGCUCAGCAAACGGCUGCUGGGUCAGUCCCCAGCAGCACUGCUGGCACUACGGAGGGGGCAGGAGGGGGCACAGGGGGAAUUUAUUCUGCCAUUAUAAGUCGCAACCAGCCCAUUAUCCACGUAAAGGAGAAGACAUAUGAAGAGCUUCACAAGAAGUGCCUGGAGAAAAACAUUCUCUAUGAAGAUCCUGAUUUCCCCCCAAAUGAGUCGUCCCUUUUCUACAGCCAGAAAAGCCCUGUCAAGUUUGAAUGGAAAAGACCACGUGAAAUCUGUGAGAAUCCACGGUUUAUUAUUGGUGGAGCCAACAGAACAGAUAUCUGCCAAGGAGAAUUAGGUAACUGCUGGUUUCUGGCUGCCAUUGCUUGCCUGACACUGAAUAAAAAACUACUCUGUAGAGUCAUUCCUCAUGACCAGUCCUUUAUACAAAACUAUGCUGGAAUCUUUCACUUCCAGUUCUGGCGCUAUGGAGACUGGGUGGAUGUCGUCAUCGAUGACUGCUUACCCACCUACAACAACCAGCUGGUCUUCACCAAGUCCUCCCAGCGCAACGAGUUCUGGAGCGCCCUCCUGGAAAAGGCCUAUGCAAAACUCCAUGGAUCAUAUGAAGCUUUGAAGGGAGGAAACACCACUGAAGCCAUGGAGGAUUUCACUGGAGGAGUCACAGAGUUCUACGAGAUAAAGGAUGCCCCUAAAGAUAUCUAUAAAAUCAUGAAACAUGCCAUUGACAGAGGAUCCCUCAUGGCCAGUUCCAUUGAUGAUGACCUAGGCUUUUCUUAUGGAUCAGCUCCUCGGAGCAACAUUGGGGAACUGAUUGCUCGCAUGGUGAAGAAUCAAGAAAAUGCGCAGAUGACUCAGUCCACUGUAGACUACCAGGGCAUUGAGGAGAGGCCAGCCUGGACCAUAAUGCCGAUGCAGUACGAGACACGGAUGUCCUGCGGACUCGUCAAGGGGCACGCCUACUCCGUGACGGCCGUGGAAGAGACAGUAUUUAAAGGGGAAAAAAUACGUCUGGUAAGGCUGAGAAACCCCUGGGGCCAGGUGGAAUGGAAUGGAGCCUGGAGUGACAAGUCAGAGGUGUGGGACUCUGUUAACGAAGAAGAGAAAAUCCGCCUGCAGCACAAGGUUGUGGAGGAUGGGGAGUUCUGGAUAUCAUUUCAAGAUUUCAUGAGGCACUUCACAAAGCUUGAGAUCUGUAACCUCACACCUGAUGCUCUGGAAGUGGAUAAAUUCCAGACCUGGACCGUGUCAGUUAAUGAAGGACGCUGGGUGAGAGGCUGCUCAGCUGGAGGCUGCCGCAAUUAUCCAGAUACAUUUUGGACCAAUCCCCAGUAUCGCUUGAAGCUUCUGGAGGAAGAUGAUGAUCCUGAGGAUGAAGAGGUUAUCUGCAGCUUCCUUGUCGCACUCAUGCAGAAAAACAGGAGGAAAGAGCGCAAGCUGGGAGCCAACCUCUACACCAUUGGCUUUGCCAUCUAUGAGGUGCCCAAAGAGAUGCAUGGUACUAAGCACCACUUGCAGAAGGAUUUUUUCCUCUACAAUGCCUCCAAAGCUAGAAGUAAGACCUACAUAAACAUGCGAGAAAUCUCUGAGCGCUUCCGGUUACCUCCCAGCGAGUACGUCAUCAUCCCAUCGACAUAUGACCCCCACCAGGAGGGAGAAUUCAUCCUCAGGGUCUUCUCAGAGAAAAGAAGUCUUUCAGAGGAGGUUGAAAACAUGAUUGAGGCAGAACGUCCAUUGAAGAAAAAGGGCAAGCCUAUCAUCUUCGUUUCUGACAGAGCAAACAGCAAUAAGGAGCUGACAGCAGAUGAAAAUGCUGGCAAAGAUGGUGAAAAAACCCAAGCAGAUAAGAAAAAGCAUUCUUCAACAAAAGGUCAUGAGGAGAGUGAAGAGCAAAAACAGUUCAGGAACAUUUUCCGACAGAUUGCAGGGGAUGACAUGGAGAUCAAUGCUGAGGAACUUAGGAAUGUUCUCAAUAAUGUCGUAAAAAAACAUAAGGACCUAAGGUCAGAAGGGUUUGAAUUGGAAUCCUGCCGCAGCAUGAUUGCUUUAAUGGAUACAGAUGGCUCAGGGAAGAUAAACUUUGAUGAAUUUCGACAUCUCUGGGACAAGAUUAAAAGCUGGCAGAAAAUUUUCAAGCGCUAUGACACAGAUCAUUCAGGAACCAUUAACAGCUACGAGAUGCGCAACGCAGUCAACGAUGCAGGGUUUCGGCUGAACAACCAGCUCUACGACAUCAUCACCAUGCGCUACGCCGACAAGAACAUGAACAUUGAUUUUGACAGCUUCAUCUGCUGCUUCGUGCGCCUGGACGCCAUGUUCCGGGCAUUCCACGCCUUUGACAAAGAUGGAGAUGGCAUCAUUAAGCUCAAUGUCCUGGAGUGGCUGCAGCUCACACUGUAUGCGUAACACCAGAGCCAGUGGCCACCUCUAUCAAGAUCACACUGAAGAUUCCAAGGACUAGCACCAUUCAUCCCAAUGGCAAUUGCUAAUCAUGUCAUUCACUCCUCAAGACGAACAGCACAUGGGAAGAAGCCCUUGGAAAAAGAGAGAACCACACUGUAGUGGACAGCACAGUACGCAUAUUUCGUAACUACUUUUAUAAUAUCCUGACAUUUUUCCUUUGGGCAACAAAGAUUAAUUUAUUAAUGACUGAAUUAAGCUUUCUCUGCAUGGUGAAGACAUGGAGAAUACAAAAUUGUUCUGCUUGUGCUGACAACUGGAAAGGUCUUCCCUCAAGUGAGAUGAAACUGGGGCUGUAUCUAACUGUGAAAGUCAAAGGUGUUUACUGCUACCUUGUAAUUGGUCAUUAACUCUUUGUCCUGCUCUUGGUAUUAUCCUUUCAUCUCUUUGUAAUGUUUACUGAAUAAUUCACAUGAGAUUGUGCUAACUGCAUUAAUAUUAUGCAACCCAAUGACUCAGUUACAGAUUUGGCUGUGCAGGUUGGAUCUCUGCUAUGUAGAAAUGGGAGAGCAGGGCAUAACAGACUGCAAUACCAGAGUACAGCUUGAUGUAACGCCUCAGCAGAAGUACCAGAACUGAGCAAUUGGCUCUCAUUAUUAGUACUUAUCCUGAUUACAGAUGUGGACAUCGUAAAUGUUUUUCAUUGUAACCGCAUUCCCCAUAAUAUUGAGAAACUUAUUUGCCAUUUGAGGCAGACAACCUCUUAUACAUACAAAUUUAUUUAUCUACACACAUGUAUUUCCCCUGCUGCAGGUCCUAUUUCCCAACACUAGCAUGUAUUUCUUUAUUGCAAGAGGGGACUUGUAGGAGAAUAUAUGUCAGCAUGACCACUUUGGGAAUAUUAUUCCAAUUGGCAAGUACAAUUAGUUUAAUGGAAUCAAAAAUAAAACCAACUGGAUUUUGGCCUAGGCUUUUUGGUCUCAUUCUGUAAGAACAGAUGAAGAUGAAAUAUUGAGCACUCUUCCAUCAUUCUCCUGAAUAUAGAGCAGUUUUUGGAGUUUAUGGCAAGUGUGAAAUUAGCUUAAUAUCUCAAAUAUUUGCCUGUUUACUCCUUGAAUACAUUAAAAAAGAAAAAAGAAAGCACUUGAGAGGUUCCCUUGCUACCAGCUUAAGGAUAACAGGUACAAUAUAAAAAAUGGAAGGGCAAACAAAACAUGCAAGGAAGACCCGACUUUGUCAGGAGAACCUUUUACUUUGUUGUCUAGUGGCAAAAAGUAGCAACGCAAUCCACUAAUGUAAAGUAAAAAUUAAAAACCAAAUUCUAGCAUCCACUGAAAGUUACUCCAGUGAGUAGUACAUUAACUGAAAGGUCACUAAGAACCAGAAAACCUUUUGACUAUAAAGUUCUUAGUGUUGUCUUGCACUGUAACUUACUCUGAGAGAGGAAGAAAAUCCUAUAAUUUAUCUAAAGAAAAGUUAUUCUCCUUCUUUAUUCAACUGUUUUUUAACCCAAAUAAAUUUUAGGAUGACUGGAACACCUGGAGCCCUGGCUUCCAGCCAUGCCUUACCUCCACAAAGCUUUUAUUUUCCACACAAGUAGUGCAGAGAUGCUCUUGGCUGGGAUCUUCAGAGACAAAACAAAAUCUAUCAGUCAAAAGAUCAAAAUCAGGAUUUUUAAUUGGCAACUCAAAACUGGUCCUUAUAGUACUGAUAAGUGAACUACCAACAAGCUCUACAGAACUUCCCUUGCAAUGGGCCAUGAAGCAAGACAGGCAGCGCAUCAGCUUGGAGGCAUCAGUUGGAUGGACAGGUUCAUUUCUUUGCCAAACGACUGGGUCUGAGGUUUUCUGCACACCUGUAACAUUCCUGCCAGUGCUGGAGCUUCAAAGUGGCCUGUCUGACUUUAUCCAGCACUCACAGAAUGGGAAAAAAUCCAGAACAAAGUCAAGUUCUACCAAAUCGUAUGAAAAUCAUUCUGUUUAAAACAAAGGAGAAACAGACAAACUGUAACAAUAUAAAGAAGUUUAUUUUUUUUAUUUCUUCUUUUGUCAUGUAAAGUUUCAUUAUUACACUCACAGCUUUGUACCAAACUGAGAGAAGAAAACAAUGAUCAGUCUGUGCACAUGUUCUACACAGCUUAAAUUACUAAAUAUUCAAUCAAGUUAUUUUAUUCCACUUCCAUUCUCCCAAAAGACUGUUUAACAUUACAGCAAAAUGAAAUCUGAGAAGCUGGCAGGCACAUAGAAUAUAUACCUACACAGUUUGCUCCUUGAUGAUUAAUAAUUUUACAAACACUAGCUGAAACAAUUUCCUUAUCCUUCCUCACAUAUUCUGCAACUCUGGACAACUUAGACUGCUUGAAUUAUAGUACCAUACAAACCCGAAAACAAAGAUUCACCUGUACCUGUGUUUUAAUUCAGCUGAAGGGAAAAGUAUUUUUCCAACAAAAACAUUUCCCCUGCCAUUAAUUGCAGUUUGCAGUUAUCAUUUACCUUGAUCCAGCUGAUUGUACUGUUUGAAAAUGUGCAUUAAGAACUGCACUACUUCAAACACUCCACACAGCCAAGCUCCUGCUAUUUUGCAGAAGCCAGCUUAUGUGCUGAUAAUAUGUUUAAAGUCUGUAAUUUACAUGUAAGUGGCACAAUGUAAGCAGAAGCCUGGAUAUUUAAUGCAUCUUUGUACCCAGAGAUGCAGAAGUUUUCCCUCCAUCCCUUCCACAUACAGAAGCAGCAGCAGCAGCAUUAGGCCAGAGUGUUUAGCACUGCCAGACAUCUGUUAUUUAUCUCUGAAAUUUGAAGGAGAAAGGAGAAACUAAUCUAGACUAAUCCCAAAAGGGCUGUAUGUAAUUAGCCAUACAGCAAGUACAGAACUUGUUUUUAAACACCUGACUAAUAAAAAAAUCCACAGCUAACCACAAAAUAAAUCCUCACUCUACUCACUCUUCCACUCACAACUUUUUACUUGCAUAAAAAACCAAACCAAAAUCAAAAAUAAAUAGUCUUGAAAGUGGCUUCAGAUGUGCAGUACUGCUUUUCAUGCAAAUAUUACUGUGUUAAAUGUCACAAACAGCCCACCUUCCCAAAGCUACUACAUUCUUCAACUAGAAGUAUAUCAGGAGUCAAAACCCUAAGUUGCAAGUCCAUAGAGGAUCUUUAAUGAACACCAACAAACAAACAUUAGUUUGGCACCUGCAAUUGCCUCCAGAAGAAGUAAAUGGCCAGUUGUGAAAUCUGCACCAAAUUCCAGCUGAACAAAUAGGAAACCUCUCCACAGAACUCCAGAGAAGCUGGGGGAUUUCCAUAACUGCACAACUUUAUAGCAAUUCCUUUUAAGAUAUCCUCAUGACAAAACAGUACAGCAUUUUUCUCUGAACCUCUGAGGAUUUUAAAAAAAUGUUUCUGAUUUAUGAAGCAAAAUUUUUCACUCAUGCAGCUCUACUAUUUUCCCACCUCUUUCCCAUUUUAGGAUUCUUACAAUGUAUCUGAAAUGACCAACAAAGUAGCAAAAGAUACCUCUGCCAAAGCUGGACUUCAGAAGCCCAGACUUUUCAGGAGGACUGUUUUCAAGACAGUUAAGGAAAUAUCAUGGACCACAUACAAAAAAAAAAAGACUGCUUCCACCAACUAGAAAAGAUAAACCCAACAAGCAAAUGGGAAUGCAAA